AUGUAUGACACGGACAUUCCAUCAGACCGUAUCGACUUCGGCAAGGAUAGGAUCCACGUUAUUCAACCGAAAUCUGUGCAAUUCCCAGCUAAAUUCAGCCAUGGUACAGCUGAACGUAGAAAGUUGCCAAUUGUUUUAUGCUGGGCUUGUACAGUUCACAAAAUGCAGGGUAGUACGGUUGACCACGCUGCUGUAUACUUGGGUUCAAAGUUGUUCGCUGCUGGCCAAGCGUACGUGGCUUUAAGUAGAGUCACAUCAAUAGAAGGCCUCCUGAUAGAAGAAUUAGACUGUUCGAAAUCAACUAGGACUUGGCCAUGUAAUAAUGACGCCAUCAAUGAAAUGAAUAGCCUAAGAAAUAUAAGAAGUUAA